CGUGCAAUGUGUAUACAGAACGUCUUUGCUUCGCAUCGAAAGCUCGGGCUAGUAAUAUCAAAGACCAUUGUGGUGGUCUGCUCCUCCAUGCAUUAUCAGGUCUUUGCGUUGAGUGUCUUGUUAAGUAAACUGAGCUCGAUUUCGCACGCAGGUCGAAGUCGGAGCGUGGCGGAGAUACCACUGAAUGAGUAUGUUUUUGUCAGGCACCGACGAACACUACACAAAUGCUCCCGUUUUCGCGGACAAUUCGGUUGUUACAUAGGCCGUCGAUCUUGCCAAACGACGCAUGGGUGCAGUCGGUUGCUAUGCAAUUCACCGAGCUUGGAGGGCAACCCGGUUUCGACAGGACCUGACGGAUGAUUUCGUCGACGGAGUCGCUCGUUCCUCCCGUCAAAGUGUUUCUGUCGAAGCUGCCUCUCACUAGUACUCGUUCAAGAUACCUUCAUGUAUGAACGUUGUUCUGAGAGUGGGAAUGGAGGACUAACGGCCAGCAUGUUCAUUGUGCGGAUCUUUGAGUACCUCUUCUGAUCCUCGCGGACGACCCAGCCAAAGCAUUCCGAUGCAUGCCAGGCGACUCCUUGUGGCCUGACAGCAUGGUGAUACUCGAGAUCGUUCUACUCGAACGACCUACAGACACCGUAGAAACCGGCCAUUGGCAAGCGGGUCCCCGACAUAACAUAGGCUGCCAGCGACUAGACUCGGUCCAUCAACCUGUAUAAUAUAAAGUCUCGUCUAAGGAAGCUGGAGAUUUUCCCCUAUCCGAUCCUUGACUAUUUUCGUCUCUCCCUGUCGUUCUUUCUAUCCACAAUUAUGCAGUUCCUCUGCGCAUUCAUUAUCGUUGCUUUAGCUGGUGUGGCGUCGGCAGUGCCCGCGAGCGACGCUGCUAAGCGGGCUACUUGCACUGUUGAUAGCGUCUCAAGCGCAUCCUCUGUUUCUUCGUGCAGCACUGUCACCAUUAAAGCCUUUACUGUCCCGUCUGGAAACACUGUAACCAUCGCCGCCAAGAAAGGCGCUACAAUUAACAUGGAGGGUGACAUUACUUUCUCUAAGACUACCUCUGAUGGUCCUCUCUUCACGCUUGACACGGAUAGCGUGACAUUUAAUGGCAAUGGGUACAAGGUAAAUGGCAACGGCGCCGCUUAUUGGGAUGGUGAGGGUACCAAUGGUGGUGUCGACAAGCCUCAUCCCUUCGUGAAGGUUAAGGGCUACGGCACUUUCAACCAGCUCUACGUCCUGAACUCUCCCGCUCAGGCUGUCUCCGUCGGAACCAGCGGUACUACUGUCAUAAACAAGGCAACCGUCGAUAACUCUGCAGGCGACUCUGGUGACAAGGGACAUAACACAGAUGGGUUCGACGUCAGUGCCUCCGAUGUCACCAUCCAAUACUCCGUUGUGAAGAACCAGGAUGAUUGCAUUGCUAUCAAUUCAGGAAGUAACAUCGUGUUCAAGGGAAAUACGUGCAGUGGGGGGCAUGGCAUCAGCAUAGGCUCUAUCUCCGACGCGAAGACAGUCUCCGGGGUUACUAUCUCUGAUAACACCGUGACAGCCUCCAUGUAUGGUAUUAGAAUCAAGGUCAAAGCGUAUGUCACUGCUACCGGCUCCGUUUCCGACGUCACAUACUCCGGCAAUACUCUCUCUGGGAUCGACAAGUAUGGUGUGCUCAUCUCGCAGAGCUACCCAGAUGAUGCCGGAACUCCGGGAACCAAGUCGUCGAUCUCCGACGUAAAUUUCACCGGGAGCACAACUUCAGUCUCCGUUGGCUCCAGCGGCAAGCGCCUCGUCGUAGACUGCGGCAACUGCUCAGGCAACUGGGAUUUCAGCAAGCUGUCCAUCACUGGUGGCAAGAGCUCGAGCGUGGAUGCUGAUGAUGCCACGGUACGCCUAUGCCCCUUUUCCAGUGACUCUCACCGUAGUGAAUCCUGA